UCAAAACUUUCCAAGCAAGAGAGAGUACGUACUGCUGAGAGAAAUCAGAUAUUUUUUUUCAAAGUUUCUCAAAUUACCAAAAAAACAAUAAUAAUAUGGCUUUUUGGUCUGCUGAGAAUGCUACUAAAGCCUAUCUUACUACAUUGAAAACGGAUCAAAGGGCGAAAGAACCAAACGUGGCCGAAUUCAUAUCAGCUCUAGCCGCCGGCAAUAGCGCAAGAAAGAUAGCCGUGGCUUGCGCCGGAGCAGCAAACGCAGACAUACUCGUUGCCCUAAUCGCAGCAGCUAACCAAACACGCGGUCAAGUUGUAUGUGUUUUACGUGGCAUCGAAGAACUAAUCAUAUCCAAGAAAAUGUUGGAACCAUCAGAGCUUCAUCAGAUACAAUUCGUAGUUGGAGAAUCUAACGACGACACUUUAGUCAAUGAUCAUUUUGGAGAAGCCGAUUUCGUCCUCGUCGAUUGUAACCUAGAGAACCACCAAGAGAUCGUUAAAAAGAUCCUUAACCACCAUGAAGAAAACACAAGAACCGGCGGCGUAGCGGUUGUGGUUGGUUAUAAUGCGUUUUCUAGAGGCUCGUGGAGGUUUAGCGAUGGGAGGAAGACACAGUUUUUGCCAAUAGGAGAAGGGUUGCUUGUGACGAGGGUCAACGAUAAUCAGAAGAUGAUGAGGAACAAUAAUCAUCGUGAACAUGUGAGGAAGAGUCGGUGGGUGGUGAAGGUUGAUAAGUGCACUGGAGAGGAACAUGUGUUUAGGGUUAGGGUUCCACGAGGAGAAGCCAUUAUAGAAGCUUAAUCAAAUCUUUAUAUAAUUAUUGGGUACUUUAGAGUUCACCUCUGUGAUGGUCAGACGAGUGAAAGUAGUAAAACUAUUAGUUAUUAAGAGAGAGUUUUGAGAUUGGUUUUGGAUGAGUGCUUUGUGUGGUGAGAAGAGUGAAAGAAAAAAAAAGUCUGUUUUUUCUCAAGUAAAUGACUUUUUUUUUUGUAAGUGUAAAUAUGAAAA